GCCAAAGCUCUACUUCAGAGAUCAUAGCUUAAGAAUACUAAAAGAAGCCACUGAAAACUCUGAAACAUAAAAAUGGAAUCUUUGAAGAAACUAUCCGAAGCCAACAGUCCUGAUGAUGGAGAAAAAAUAGAGGGUAUGCACAACGCAAUGAGCUUGGUUAUGCUUGAAUGGCAGGAAGCUGGCGGCCAUCUUAAACUGGUGCUGGAUACGUUUCGUGAAUGUCUCGGUAAACUUGAGUCAAAAGAGAAAUAUUUGAGGGUUCUUGAAGAAUCUGUAAAACAGAGUUGUUGGAAAGAGUUUGAUUCCAGGAGAAGGUGGAUCGAGACGGGAUUACAAAGAUUGGAUGAGAAACGGCUAUCUCGGAAUGGGGCUCUGCGGGAAAUAGAAAUCGAGGAAACUCAAUUCGGGAAAAGGGUUGAGGAUUUUCUUCUGGUAGAGGAGGAAAUCCAUGGUGCCCUGAAACUGAAACAGAGGCAAAUGGAGGAAAUGGAGACAGAGGUUGACUCAAAGGAGGGAACUUUAAGGUGCAGAGAAGAUCAGAUGGAUGCAGAAGAGAAGAAUUUGGAGUUGAGGCUAACUAAAGUUGAUGAGAUGGAACGAAAUGUGGAGAGAAGAAAACUAGAAAUUGAUUCGAAGGAGAAAGUUGAAAUUAAUCAUUAA